UUCCUGCAAUUUUGCUUGGCGGUAUACCUUAAAGAAAUUGCUUCCAAAGUGAUUGGAGAUUUGGAAUUGAGGGCAAAAUAAUUAAAACCAUGAGGGAUGAAGUUGAAGACUCUCGAUCAAUGCAUGAUUUUGAAAAUAUCAGGAAUUGCGAGGAAGUUGUUGCCAAAAUUUUAGAAUUGGGCUUGAGAAAGAAAAGGUCAAGGAUACUCAAGCUGCUUGACCUGAGCUUGGAGACUGUUUACAAGAAUGUACAUCUGGUAGCCAAACUUCCUGGCAAUGGCUAUGGAAACUUGCCGAAUACCCUCUUGUGUAAACUGCUUGAUAUGUGCAAAAGAAGUGAUGACCGUGUUGAAAAUUUAAACAGAAAUUUUGAUUUGUGCACACUGGUGGUUGGUUUUCCGAAUAGCAGUCUCCAAAAGCUAGACAUUCUGAACAUGGCCAAAAUGAACAUGAACGCGUGCAAACACAUUUUCCGACUGGCGCUGAGGAACUGUCCAAAGCUAGAGCACGUGUCUGCCCCUUGCCCACUCAUGCCCACCGCUUCGAAAAGGAAGACCCUGGAGUUGGCGCAAACAAUCGCCUUUUCGUGGAAGAGACUGAAGACACUAAACUUGGUGGGAUUUUAUGCCACUGACACAGCUAUAAAAUUUAUAAGUAAAAAUCUCCCUAAUUUGCAGAAAAUUAACCUGAGCAUAACUACGGAAAAAUUUAGCGAGGUUGGCACUUUUUAUUUGCUGGGAAUGAAAAAGUUGGCCGACCUAGAGCUCUAUUUUAAAAAUUACGUCGAGGAAUUUUACUUUUUCACGAGAUUGAUGAUGGCUAUUGGGAGCAAAUUUCCCAACUUGCAGCGCUUACACAUCAACAACUUUGUCGAGUCGAGAUACGUCAGCACGGACUUCGCAAUGCUGUUAAGCAUUUGCCACCCUGAGAUCAAGAGGAAGAUGUUACUGCAUCAGGCCAGUGUCACGGAGUUGAUGUUGCCUCAGUGGCCCAGCAACAUCCACGUGGACACGCUGAUUGUGCACCCAAAGCCCAACAACAUCCAAGUAAACAGCCACUCCUGCGGCAUACCCUGUGGCGUGUCCGAACUUAUUCUCUUAGACCCUGACGACCCUGAUCUGCUCUACAAGUUGCUUGAAAAGCUCGGCCCUAAAUUGAAGAGGCUCAAAAUCUCAGAAUAUCUCGGAAAUGUUGGCUUCGUGCUGCCCGGAACUCUCGACCUCUACAAAGUCGUAUCGCUGUGCCCAAAACUGGAGCACUUUUCCACCAAUUCUACCAUGCAAAUGGCAAUCGUAUCCACGUUCAACUUGAAACCAGAGUACUUUUCCAACUUCAAGAGCUUUGAACUGGAGGGAGAAAAUACGAUACGAAGUGAUGACAGUCUAUUGCCGUUCAUCAGUCUCUUCCAAAUGGUUCUCAAAGGCUCGAAAAAGUACAAAAUUCUAGAACUGCAGAAUGCUUACCUGCUAAGGGAAACCGCCACAUUUCUUGCCAACAAUUCCGACUGUCUGUCUCAGGUGGAGGUUUUCAACGCUGUUGUCAAUAGAAAAGAGUUGCUGACAGACAUCUGCUCCAUUGGGAAGCUGCUGAUGAUACGCUCGCCAUUUUUCCGCAGAAUUGAAAUCCACGGCGCCUGCUGGGACAGUCUGCCUCACUGGUUCCUGCUGAUGGCAUAUGAGCUGGGCGUGCAGGUCGAAUGCAAAUCCGAUUUCUUGUAUAUUGGAAACAUGAAGCUCAACCCCAUCCACAUAUUCAGCACAAGCAACAGCGACGUGUUUGUCAGCAACAAAUCACCCUUGAUAAGUCCGUUUUUCCAGAGGUUUUUUCCAGAGCUCGUGCCAUAUUACAAGUUAUUGACGUACGUAGGAAUGAGUUAUGAAUUGUGACGUGUGUAGCUUAAAUCUCAAAUGCGUUUAGUGUUCAAACAAGUGACUCUCUCA